AGUUUAUUGUUUUUUGUGACGCGAUACCUCAAUAACUGAUUCCGGUGUUUUGUUUGUACUUUGGGGAAAUUAAUUGUACAAAAUUAGAAUUUUAAUGCCUCAAAUCAGGCAGGGACGGAAAGGCACACUACCCUAAUCCAAUGGAACAUUUUUGCUCAGCGAUGUGGCCGCUGCGUAGCUCGUCUCAUUCAUUCUGGCUAACGCUAGCUUUGUAGCGGUGGUCCACACUAACCUGACCAGGGUUUGCGUUUCUAGCCUUCGUUAGGUACUUUUAGCCGCUGGACCUGACUUGUAUUGUUAAGAUCCAGCGUGACUUCAGUUUUCUGUCUCCCGUCAGUUAUUUAAUCAGUCUACUUUGGAUUAGGUGAGCAAGAUUAAUUGUUAUUCCUUAAAAUGGAUUAUCAACAUAAAGCGAAAGCAGUGGCCGACUGCUUGAUGAGCUACAGGAAGGAUGAGUCUGGAUGGAAAGUCUGCAAGAAAUCGAAUGAUGUCAUUGUGUCGUGGCGACCCUCAUCUGAGUUCCCGGGGAAUCUUUAUAAGGGUGACGGGAUUGUCAACGGCACUCCUGAAAAAGUGUGGGAAUGUCUUAAACCGGUACCCAACGGACUCAGAGUCAAAUGGGACAACAAUGUCAAAAGGUUUGAGGUUCUGGAACAAAUUACAGAGGACAUCUCGAUCUGCCGAACAGUCACGCCCUCAGCAGCUAUGGGCAUCAUAGCGCCACGAGACUUUGUAGAUGUUAUUUUAAUUAAGCAAUACGAAGAUGGCAGCAUUUCUUCAAAUGCUACCAAUACAAUUCACCCGAGCUGCCCUCCCCAGUCUGGCUACGUGAGAGGAUUCAACCAUCCCUGUGGUUGCAUCUGUGUCCCCGUCUCAGGAGAGCCCAACAAAACCCAGGUGCUGACUUUUUUCCAAACAGACCUAGGAGGCUACCUCCCUCGUUCUGUGGUUGACUCAUUCUUCCCCUCCAGCAUGGCCGAGUUCUACAGCAACCUGGCCAAGUCUGUUAAAUCACUCAAGGACUUUUGACACAAAAAGUUCAAUUCCUGCCCGAGGGCUGCUCACGAGUAGUUCAGAUGUUCAUGCCAUUUUUAACAGUCUAAGUCAACAGUAAUGAACAAGCUCAGAUUAUCAGAUGAUCACAUGAAAAUAGACGUAUUUGUACACGUGAUAAAAGCAUGAAAUACAUUCCUUUUUUAUGAGAAUAGUGUGGCAUUAGACAUUUCCUCUUCUUGUGUGUAUAGUAAACAUGCACAUUGCACAGCUCUUAGUCAACUUAUGCUGAUAUCGUUUAUUGGUUUUAACUUCAUACCUCACAUUUACAGCAGGUAAAAGAAGUAUGAAACACAUCACCAGUGUUUCAAGUAAAUAUAUUUCUAAAGUUCCUAUUGGCAUCAAAUUUUUACUAUGUGUGUAACAACCCAGUCAAUCCACACAUGCAAAGGAAUCAAACCAUAGAUGUCCAUAAAGUUAUUUGUAAUAACGAAAAGGGACACAGGUUAAACACAUGAAGAAAGUCAUGACAGCAACUGAAAUCUAUCAGUAAUUAGAACGCAAUCCUGCCACUUAGUGCAAAUUAAUAUUAGCUUGUUCAGUCCCACCUGAUGGCUGAUAAAAAGUAACAUUACCAAGGUGUCAUGCAAGAAUGUCAUGAUGGGUUAAACCAGUGAGCUCUGCAAGACCUUUGCAACUUUAUUGUUGCUAAAGAUACUGAUGGGAUUGGUUACAGAAGAAUUUUUAAACUACUCAAGGUUCCAGUGAGCACUGUUGGGACCAUAAUCUGACCAUAACCAUUUCUCCAAAAACCAGCCACAACCAGGUGCUUCCCGCAACAUUUCAGACAGAGGAGUGAAAAGAAUAAUCAGAAGAGUUGUCCAGCAGUGAAGAACCACUUGUAGAAAGCUACAGAAACACCUGGAAUCAGCAGGUACUGUUAUUUCAAAGAAAAAAUUAAGUAAUGCACUGCACCCCCAUGACCUGUAUCCAUGUUCACCAUGCAUAACUUCAUUGCUGAAUAAAAAGCAUGUUGAAGUACGUUUAAAGUUUGCUGAACUUUUAUACAAGCCUGUGAAAUGCUGGGAGAAUAAAGACUGUUCAGAUGAGACCAAAACUGAACUGUUUGGAUGCCAUAAUAGAGAUCAUCAUCAUAUUAUCCAAGAAACGCUAUACCAACGGUGAAGUUUGGCGAUGUGUUGUUAUGAAUCUUUGAUUUACUCUCCCAUGGACCAGUAUAAAUAGACUCAUCAUGGUGUGGGGCUAUUUUUUCAGCUUACGUUACUGGCAUGUUUCAUAUAAUUAAAUGAAGGAUGAGUGGGGAAAAUGUACAGAGACGUUCUUGAUAAGAGUCUGCUGGUUGAAGACUGUUUAUGAGGAAGACUAGGCCAAAAUUCCCACCUGAGCAAUGCAUAGUUUUUCAUCUCGAAGCUGACAUCACCAACAAAGGCUUUUGGAUACAUUUCAGUAGCCAUGUUUAAAACUUACACAUAAUAUAUGGACAUCUAUGGUUUGAUUUGUUGGCAUGUGUGGAUUGGAUGGGCUGUUACUGACAUCUGGUUAGAAUUUCAUGUCAGUAGCACUGUUACAAAUAUUUACUUAAAAAAUGAGUGACAUUUUCGAUACUUAGUUUACCUGCUUGUUCGUGUUGUACUUGAAUUCCUGUGGUUUUGUUCACCUGCAAAGGAUGAAUAUCUACCUCUUAUCAGCUAUACUAAAACGAUAAAGUAUUUGUUGGAAUUCGUGGGGAGCCCUUGUAAGCAAAAUCUUCAUGGUUUUUUUCUUCUGGCGUACCUAAAAUGCCUUUAAAUUUGAUAUUUUUAAUGCCAUUCACCUGAGCAGAAGUGUCUUCCUGUGACUUUCAUGGCAGUGUUUUCUGAAGUAUGGUUUCCAUUCUGUUUCUUGGUAAACAGUACCUGAAACAACAGUGGAACUUGGGUAUGACCAAAUCAAGUAUAUUUCAUUUAGGAAAACAUAAAAAGUUUUUUCUUUUUCUUCUUUUUCAAUUUCAGAUCAAUUUAUAAAACUACGACUGACAGAUUUGAUGUAAAAAAAAUUUAAAAAAAUAAAACAUUUAAAGUGACAUGAGGUAAUUGCAUGUGUAAGAUAGAAUAAUAAGAAUAAUUGCUGUAUAACUGGCUCAAGAUAUCAAGCUGUUACAACCCCAAUUCAAAAGAAAAAGGAACGUUUUGGUGACGGUGAAGUAUAGGCAAUGUACGGUAAAAGUGACACGUGAAACAAACAAUGAUGAAAUGAAAGUCAUAAUAAGUGAUAAAAGUUAAUUGGUAUUUAUAAAAUAAAUAUAAAAGAUAAAAAAAGACAGAUGUUAAUGAACGCUGUAUGCGUAGUAAUGUUUGGACAAAGUUUUGUUAUGAUUGGCUGACCCAUGUAUCUGUACUUUAUGAAGAUGGAUAUGGGUAAUAGCUUGUUUCAUCUUUUUCUGUUUUAACAAGCAAACAUUCCAUUUAAUCUAUAGAAACUACAGUAGUCUCUUUGCAUUGUUUUGGGGUUUUUUACAGGGAGGGGUUACAGUUUAUAAAUCCUAAAGACAAAAGUAAGUUUCUAACUGAAUGGAAGUGAGUGAGUAAGAUUUUAAUCUUAAUUUAAUCUAAUUUAAUUUUCAAGACAGAGUGGGAAACUUUGCUAGCACUUAAUAAUAAUGCAUAAUAAUGUCAGACUAUUAAGCAUUAUCAAGGUAUGAGCUUAAUUCACCUUUUACAUUGCAUUACUCCAUAUUAUGCCAUUUAUAAUACAGCUAUAUUAUUAUGAAUAUGAUCAUGAUUAUGAUUAUGAUUAUUGCUAGCAGAGAUGUAGUAUCAGUGAUUGCUGUACAUGGUGUAAGUAUAAAAAAACCACAUACUAGGGAGGAUUAAAUGCAUAUAUAAAAUGAAGUACUUGAUAAUACCCUGUUAAUGCUUAAUAGUGUGACACUAGAAAGUGCUACUGGAGCUUCACAUUAAUUUAUAAUGUUUUGUUUCUUCAAAUUCUAAUGAUGGAAUACAUGGAUUAGGGAUUAUGCCAAUUUUUGCCAAUUUGGAUUUUCUUUCUAAGAACUAUAACUGACAGCAUAGACAAAUAAAAUCCAAUUAUAAUCAAUUACCAACAAUUAUCA